CCCCGCCCUCUGGCCCCUCGGUCUCGGCACCCGCAAACGGGAAAAAUCCAAUCAUGUCCUCGUCGUUCGCCGCGAGAAAAACGCGCCAGUAAAUGCGCGCAGGUGCAGCAGCGGCAGCGCCGCGCUCAUUCCGGCGCAGCACGCGACACGCGGCUUCUGCCUCGCCUCCACGGCUGCAGCCCGCGCCGCCCACCCCAGGCGCGCGCGCACGCAAACGGCAACGCGUGCUCACGCAUCCUCCUCCUCCCGCCGCUGAAGUGGAGUAGCCGAGUAGCAAACUACGGCACACGGCCAUGAGCUUGCACGCCGCGCGCGGCGGGCCGCACGAGGAUCUGAGCUGGAGCGCCAUCGGGCGGCGGGCACCCCGUGACGUGGUGACAUUCGGUGAUCGAGAAGGAGGCGGCGGGAUGAGGAGUGCGCAGCAGGGGCCGGGGGCGGUGCGGGUGGACGAGGCGUCGUCCGCGUCCACCUUCCGUGAGCUCGACGAGGCCUUCCUGCAGACACAAACAAAGAUCUGGCUUGGAGAAGUUCUACAUCUUAGGUUUGGUGAAGACGCUUUAGUUGCUGAUCUUCUUGCUGACGGAGAAUUACUAUAGUUUUGGCUCUUUGCAAGUGUCUACUUGCUUGAGCAUUAUGAUGUCAAUCAAUCAGAUAAAAGAAUGCCUAGGAUAAAUGGUUUCAAGUUUCCAAGGUAUUAUGGAAAAUGUUACUAAAAAAUAACAGAGAACAAUUGAAACAAUCAAAAGUGUAUAUUUAUGAGAGACUAUCCUUCGGUAGAAGUAGUGGAAAAUACAUGCCCUAUUCAAAAGUUGACUCCUUUCUAAAGAUAUGUCAAAUCCUUGGGUUAGCUGGAAUUGAUCUGUUUACCCCUUCUGAUGUGGUCGAAAAAAGAAAUGUUCGGAAAGUCUGUAUAUGCAUACGAUCGGUGUCUAAAAAGUCACUCAUCUUGCACCUAAAUGUGCCUGAUUUUGAUGUAGUCACCUACACAAUAUCCAUGCCAAACUAUGUUGUUGGAGGUAUUCGUAGAAAUCUGGAGCAGACACAGUACAGCUCAUCCAGUUCAAGUGGAUACAGUCCAUGUGCCCGUUCUAAAGUACUACAGCAACAGAUAAUAUUUGGAGGGCAGAAUGACCAGCACGAGGACACACAUUAUGACUCUGAUGAAGCAGAAAGCAAACUCUCUCUUCUAGAACCUGAGGACUCAGUUAAUGAAGAUAAUUUUGCGGCUGUGCUUUCACAAUUUAACGAUGCCCACAACAAAGGAAGUGAAGGCUAUGGAGAAAGUGGAUGUGGCAAGCAUGGAGAAAAAUCUCUAGCUGAAUCAGUGGGAUCACUUAACAUUGGCAUUAUUGAUUUUGAGUUCAUGGAUUCAACUCCUCUAAUUCAUGAUAAAGAAUCAUGUUCUCUCCUAGAACCUGAGGACUCAGUUAAUGAAGAUAAUUUUGCAGCUGUUCUUUCAAAAUUUAAUGAUGCUCCCAACAAAGAAAGCAAAGGCUAUGGAGAAAGUGGACGUGGCAAGCAUGGAGAAAAAUCUCUAGCUGAAUCAGUGGGAUCACUUAACAUUGGCAUUGUUGACUCUGAGUUCAUGGAUUCAAGUCCUCUAAUUCAUGAUAAAGAAUCAUGUUCUCCUCUAGAACCUGAGGGCUCCGUUAAUGAAGAUAAUUUUACAGCUGUGCUUUCACAGUUUAACGAUGCCCCCAACAAAGAAAGUGAAGGCUAUGGAGAAAGUGGAUGUGGUAAGCAUGGAGAAAAAUCUCUAGUUGAAUCAGUGGGAUCACUUAACAUUGGCAUUGUUGAUUCUGAGUUCAUGGAUUCAAGUCCUCUAAUUCAUGAUAAAGAAUCAUGUUCUCCUCUAGAACCUGAGGACUCAGUUAAUGAAGAUAAUUUUGCAGCUGUGCUUUCACAAUUUAAUGAUGCCCCCAACAAAGAAAGCGAAGGCUAUGGAGAAAGUGGACGUGGCAAGCAUGGAGAAAAAUCUCUAGCUGAAUCAGUGGGAUCACUUAACAUUGGCAUUAUUGAUUCUGAGUUCAUGGAUUCAAGUCCUCUAAUUCAUGAUAAAGAAUCAUGUUUUCCUCUAGAACCUGAGGGCUCCGUUAAUGAAGAUAAUUUUACAGCUGUGCUUUCACAAUUUAACGAUGCCCCCAACAAAGAAAGUGAAGGCUAUGGAGAAAGUGGAUGUGGUAAGCAUGGAGAAAAAUCUCUAGUUGAAUCAGUGGGAUCACUUAACAUUGGCAUUGUUGAUUCUGAGUUCAUGGAUUCAAGUCCUCUAAUUCAUGAUAAAGAAUCAUGUUCUCCUCUAGAACCUGAGGACUCCGUUAAUGAAGAUAAUUUUACAGCUGUGCUUUCACAAUUUAACGAUGCCCCCAACAAAGAAAGUGAAGCCUAUGGAGAAAGUGGAUGUGGUAAGCAUGGAGAAAACUCUCUAGAUGAAUCAGUGGGAUCACUUAACAUUGGCGUUAUUGAUUCUGAGUUCAUGGAUUCAAGUCCUCUAAUUCAUGAUAAAGAAUCAUGUUCUCCUCUAGAACCUGAGGACUCCGUUAAUGAAGAUAAUUUUGCAGCUGUGCUUUCACAAUAUAGCGAUGGCCCCAACGAAGGAAAUGAAGGAUAUGGAGAAAGUGGACAUUACAAGCAUGAAGAAAAGUCUCUAGAUGAAUCAGUGGGAUCACUAACCAUUGGCAUUAUUGAUUCUGAGUUCAUGGAUUCAAGUCGUCCAAUUCAUGAUAAAGAAUCAUGUUCUACUGGUUCUGCAGCUGACCAAUGUUCAAGGACUAUACCGGCUAAAUAUGAAUUAAGUUCAGAAGAGUCAGAUUCCACAGGCAGUCAUUUGGUGUUUGACAGUGGCAAGAAUUAUCUGGAGUUGAACAAUCAUUCUGUCACAGAUUUGGAAAGGAUUUACAAUGGACAUGCCACGUCUGUAGAUCAAUAUGUUCGGGGAAAUGGGGAGACAUUAGCUGACCAUCCAAAAAAAGAGGAAGCUGGCCUCCAAAAGGACACUGGCACCAUAGCUCAACAUCGUGAUACCCUUGCUUGUGAUGGGGAGUCUGUGUGUUCGAGUUGUGAAGAGCCGAGACGUGGAUUAAAUGGCGAGCCAUCAGACUUCAGCUCGGAGUCACACUCGAGACUGACCCCAACACAUAACACAGGUGGCAAAUUGUCGAUGGUUUCUGAACAUCCAGUGCAUAAUAUGGAGUCAGAUAUGACUGGGAUGGCAAGUGAUAGCACUAACCCGGAGCUGAAUCCUGAAGCCAGCACCAGGAACGAAAUGGACGGCUCCCGAUCCACUGAUAACCCAGUGGAACCAGAAAACGUAGCUCAGGACAGCGCCACUCGAGGAAGGCCUGAAGGCGACGCCCCCAGAUCAGGGAAAGGGGUUCUGAGGUCGGUCGCUGGAGGAAUCACCCUUGUCGGCGCAGUGUUCUUCAUGUUCCAUCUCAGUGCCGCGCUGCUGCAGAAGAAGCAAGGGGGGAAGCUUUGCGACGGUCAUACCAUCUCUUUCGGGAAAAUCUGCUCGGAGCAACGCAAGGGCCAGGAACAUGGGCAGAGAAAACGUCCCUGAUGCGUAUCCCGGGGGGCGGCUGAAGGCUUGACAAGACGAUGGAGCACAGUCUGCUUCACAGAAUCUGGAUGAACUCUGUCGACCCACCAGUCAAGUUGAAGUCAGUACCCUGCCUUCUUUCAUGUACAGAACGACAUAAUCAUAUGAUUUAGGUGAUCGAUUACAGCAAAUAGUGGGACAGAUUUUGUACAAGUAUAGUUGAGGCAUGAAUAAAGUCUAGUUUCCAACCUCCAA